CGGAGCCAGUAACCAACCAAACCUGAAAAAUAACCAUGAAGUUGUUAAUAUUGACCUGUCUACUUUCCGCAGUCGUGGCCGAAGAGUCUAUACAAGUAGACUAUCAUCGGAGCGUCGGUAUUCCUCUAGCGGAGGCAAUCAGGCGAGCAGAGACCGCGUUAGACUUUGACGGAGUGAGAAUAGUCGGCGGCUCCCCGGCCGCGCUGGGCGCAUACCCGCAUCUUGGUGGUCUACUCAUAGCUUUAUCGUCCGGCGGCACAUCAGUUUGUGGGUCAUCGUUACUAUCCAACACCCGGUUGGUGACUGCGGCGCAUUGUUGGUUUGACGGCCGCAACCAAGCUAGGCAGUUCACGGUCGUGUUAGGCUCCACCAGAUUGUUCUCCGGCGGCACGAGGGUUGCCACUAGCAAUGUACGGACCCAUGAGAGCUACCGCCCCUCCACCUUGCACAACGAUGUCGCUAUCAUUACUAUUAGCAGAGUAGAGUUUAAUAAUCAUAUCGCACCAGUGUCGUUGCCCACGGCGUCCCUCCUCAGCAAUAACUUCGUGGGCACUUUCGCACAGGCCGCCGGCUUCGGGAAGACGAGCGAUGCGGCGGGGAUCACACAAGGCCAGGUGCUGAGCCACGCGUCGCUGCAAGUGAUCACAAAUGCGGCUUGUCAGCGCACGUACGGCUCCGGCACGGUGAUCGCCUCCACGCUCUGCACCAGUGGGACGGGCAGCAGCACUUGCAGCGGGGACUCCGGCGGCCCGCUCACUGUCAACGAUGCCGGACGACGCCUCCUGAUCGGCGUGGUGUCGUUCGGAUCGAGCCGCGGCUGUCAAGCAGGUCUGCCCGCGGGCUUCGCGCGCGUCACUUCCUUCGCCGGUUGGAUCCAAGCUCGUCUGUAGACUGCAACCUGCAACCUACUUCUUAUUGUAAUUAAUGAUUCAAAGUGUCACUUUUCUAAUCAGUUAUCGAAUAAAUCU